AUGGGAAAGACCCGGUUUGUUUAUAUCCGUGAUUUACCCGCUAAGUGUCAGGACUAUGAACUCCGUACUGCAUUCGAGCGCCACGGCAUCGUACAGGAUGUUCGGAUAUUGAAAGACGGUCCUCUUCGAUAUGGUGUCGUGUCGUACACGGACGUCAAGUCGGCGGCGCAGGCUGUCAACGCCAAUAUAAAAUUGAAUGAUGUGCCUAUCCAGGUGGAAUACUGUGACUCAUCCGAUAUCUCGGGAAUUAUUUUCAAACUUCGCAGAUCAUCCACACGCGCUGGACGCACAAAUUUUCUUUGA